AUGCAAUGCCCAUAUGAGCAUGCUCUUUAUGUAAGAGCAGACAAUGAUAACAUCUUAUUGGUAUCAUUAUAUGUAGAUGAUCUAAUCGUGACAGGAAGUUCGCCUCAAAUGAUAAAAUCGUUUAAGGAAGCUAUGGCAAAAGCAUUCGAUAUGACCGAUAUGGGACUUAUGUCCUACUUUCUCGGCUUGGAGGUGAAACAAGGAGUUGAUGGCAUAUUUAUGACUCAAGAACAAUAUGCAAAGGAGUUCCUUAAGAGAUUUAGAAUGGAUGAUUGUAAUCCAGUUAACACACCGGUGGACUGCGGAACAAAGCUAUCCAAGAAUGACGAAGGAAAGACGGUUGAUCCCACACGUUUCAAAAGUUUGGUGGGAAGCUUGCGGUACCUAACUUGCACUCGACCGGAUAUAUUAUAUGGAGUCGGUCUUGUGAGCAGGUUCAUGGAAGAGCCUAAAGAGACUCAUUGGAAGGCAGCCAAGCGAAUCCUUCGUUAUGUCCGAGGUACUAUGAAUCAUGGACUAUUUUAUUCUCACUCUAAUAAUUCUGAGCUUGUUGGAUAUUCAGAUAGUGAUUGGGGUGGAGACUGUGAUGACCGGAGAAGCACUUCCGGCUUUACAUUUUUCGUUGGAGAUACGGCAUUUUCUUGGAUGUCAAAGAAACAACUUAUUGUUACUCUUUCCACUUGUGAAGCAGAGUACAUUGCUGCAUCCUCAUGUGUUAGUCAUGCUAUAUGGCUAAGAAGCUUGCUAAAGGAGAUAAAAUUUGAACACAGUGAAGCAACUCAAAUUUGCAUUGACAACAAAUCGACAAUUGCAUUGGGGAAGAAUCCAGUAUAUCAUCAAAGAAGUAAACAUAUUGAUAUACGCUUUCAUUUUAUUCGGGAACAUGUGAAAAACAAAGAUGUUGAGCUAGUCUAUGUGAAGACCAAAGAUCAAGUUGUUGACAUCUUUACAAAGCCACUCAAAUUUGAAGAUUUCAUCAAGAUGCGGAAUCUACUUGGAGUCACAAAAUAA